UCAAGGAAAUCCAGUUAUUAGAACAAGAAGCAAUUUUAGUUUAGACAUGGAAGGCGAGGAGAAAGACAAGAAGCAGAAGAAGGAGUUGGAGCUGGGUCUGGCUGAGGCGAAGGCGGAGAUAGCAAAGCUGAAACAGGCCCACAAAGAGGUGGAGGAAGAAUGGAAGAAAGAAGCGGCUAUGCAUAGGGCCACUGCUGCAGAUGCGGCGCGUGCAGCUGCAGACGCGGCCCGUACAGGGCCCUCUGGUGGAGGAUCAGGACCCGGGUAUCAAACGGUGAGCAUGGCAGACGGCGGUAGCCAGUUGAUGAGCGGUCGUUUUGGCACUCGAAACCCGCCGAAGCACCCGAACGAACCGGGGAAGUUUAUGAGCUGGUCACGGAGGAUGCGGACUUUCCUCGCUGUAGAAGGUCUGGAACAAACCCUUGAUCACCAACCCCCUACUGGCUACGUCCACAUCAUCGGCUGUCCGGAUCGCAACUACCUAAACCGCAUUCAUGGAGCGCCGCUGGUGACAGCACACUUGCGGGCGUGGGGGUACCUUGUGGAAUCAACUAGCGGUUCGGACAUCGAAGAAACGCUGUUUGCGUGUAGCUGCGUGCCGGAGGCGUGGACCGCUAUCCGUGAAU